AUGGUAAUAACAGCACCGUUUGUGAUAAGCUUGAAAGCUUCCAACCAAAGCAUGGUCCGGGGAUGUCCAGGUGUGCCCAAUACCUGUCCUCGAUUAGAAGGAGUCAUUGAGAUUCGAUCCAGGGAUAGCGCACCGUUUACUGUACGGGCCGUUACGAUUGACCUAAAUACCACCCAGUUUGUAUCUGUCCCCUCUUCUGGGUUCGGGAGCAACGACGUCGUAAGAACCUACAACCUCCACAGAAAUAACACCGCCUACACACCGCCAGCUGGCUUGCUAUACGAAGAAGCCUUGGGACUAGAUAUCCCGUUUAUAAUCCCCUUGCCUAAGGAUAUCACCUCCAGCGGAAAAUUCCCUCGUUGGAAUGCCACAACGACACACAGCUUGAUGAUCACUGCAUCCUGGGGCCCCAAGUCAGAAACCUGCUCCACAGAGUUCCCGGUGGCGAUCAAAAAGUUCGACACAUUGCCAGUCUUCAGACAAUUCAACGAACCCAUCACCCAAACUAUCCAAUCCACAGACAAAAUGACCACUAUCGAGUACUCCAUCCCGAAUAACGCGAUUGGGCCCCACGAGGAGUUGAUCAUGUACGUGAAAAUCAUCGCGAAUAACCGCAAAGCGCUUUCGGACUUGCGAAGUAAGUUUUCAUCUACGGACAAGAUUAGGCUCCGGGCCAUCAAGUUUUCGUUGAAUGAAAUUCUUGAGUGCCAUGAAGGCGGACUACCGGCGUCAAAAACCUUGCGGAUUGCUUCGGUGACAAAAGACCUCGGCGAGCAAGCGAUCGAUUCCAACGGUGUUUUGCACGAACUAAGCAUCCAGUUUCCCGUUGAGAAUGAAAUCUUGAAGACGCAGCUCAUGCCUCCCGGUUCACCUUCCAAGGGGAGUCCCGAGAAGGGCAAUCCUUUGCUCAACAGGGUUAUCACAAAUACCACUCUCGUGGAAGAUACAAGCACUGAUAUAGGCGUGCCGAUUACCCACUCUCAGGGCUUUACCUCUACGGGCAGAUUGUUUACCGUGAGAUACGAGGUGGUGCUCAAGUUGAAGUUUGCGCAUGCCAAAGACCAGGAGGUCACCCUUCCCAUCACAGUCAGCCCUUACGACCGGAUCGUAUCCACCCAUUUGUUGAAGUGGAUUUUCAAGGAAUGGGAGUCCCGUAUCAAGCAGUUUGGGAACAUGGAUGGGCUAUCCGAAAGUGAGCUCAUCCGACAGUUUGCUGUCAAGCCACCGAUUCUCUAUCGCCCCCGCAAUACCCAUGACUGGGUACGCUUAGGGCUCAGCGAGAAGUACAUGGGGAAAAAGGGCAAAGGUGGGGGAAUUGUGCACUAUAUUAAUUGA